GAUCCGUACCCUCGAGUGCAUUUCGAUGCGUGUCAUGUGACAGGCCUCGCUGAAAAAUGCCAACAUGGAUCCGUGGCAAGGACGAUGUUCUUUCCAACAAUAACAGCGAAAGGGACAUCGGGACUCAUCCUAUGUCGCAUAUCCACAGUUUGGACGUUUCAAUCCAUAUUAACUCGAGUGUUUACAAACGUGGCAGUCAUUGGUGACCCCUUCACCCUUCCUCUGAGCUGCACACCAACAAAUGGUCUCCAUAAGUGACAAAGCGGUGGCCACUGCUAAUGAAUCGUUUGCGGACCACGUCUUGGCCACCAUACCCUUCGUAGAGGUGGGUGGCAGCGAGAGCAGUGAGCAGGGCAGUUCCAUCUCUUGCUCCAGUCCCGAAACCGUAGAUGCUGCAGCUCAGCUCAGCUUCAGCCCCGUUGAGGAGGAUGAAGAGGAAGGGCCGCUGCAAAUUUUUUUUGACUCCACUGAGGACUGGUUGGUCCAGCCGCCCAAGCUGCCCGAUUUUAUAUCGCAGCUCCCCAGCACCUUCUCUCCAACCCUGGAGGACAUUGAAGAGUUCCUAAUGGAGAAGAUGGAGCUGGUGAAAGAUGCUCCUCCAAGUCCAGAAGAAGGGGCGAAGGACAAAGACCCUCCAGUGCAACUGUCUUCCCCUAGUGACCACAGCGAUGCAGGUCCAAAAUCCUCUACACCAAUGCCUCCUGCGACUCAGAGUGUUACUGCCACAUCAAGUGCUGCUCCAGUGCUUGUUGGUGCUCCAUUGGUGCUGCAGUUGCAGCCUCUUCAGCUAAGCCACACCCUUCCGCAGCCAGACACUCAAAGUGGCGUCACUAAUGGGAUCCGAUUAGCCCACCUGGUGCUUGGUUUCCAAGGGGCACAGAACAUUACCCUACUUUCACCACAGGUGCCCUCUACUACUCUCCUCCCUAUCAUGGGUGAGGCCGUGAACCAAGACCAAAAGUAUGUGAAGAUCGCCCCCCUACCGAUCACAGUCAGGGCGGUUGGAAUUGCUGGCACAGGCCUGGUCAAAGCCAUCACACCACGUCCAUCCAGGUCCUCCACAGAAACCCUGAGGGUACAUAAGUGCUCUCACCCAGGGUGUGAGAAGAUGUACACCAAGAGCAGCCACCUGAAAGCUCAUUUCCGCAGGCAUACGGGUGAGAAGCCCUACCUGUGCAGCUGGCCAGACUGUGGGUGGAGGUUCUCUCGCUCUGAUGAGCUGUCUCGCCAUCGGCGCUCUCACUCGGGAGUCAAGCCUUACGAGUGCACAAUGUGCGACAAAAAGUUUGCCAGGAGCGACCACCUAUCCAAACACACCAAGGUGCACCGGGGUCCAUGUGCCGGCAGACUGGUUCGGGCAAACGUCUGACCCUCGGAUCAGCUGACAAACCUGGAAUCUCUCAAUCGUUCGAGUUCUAGAGGGAAAGCUAUGGUAUCGAAACGGGCUCACAAGCUGUAACCCUUCGCCUUCAUUUUUGUCUCUCUUUCCUCCACCACUUUUUAUAGUUUAUCCAGAUGUUUUUCUUGGUGCUGCAGUCAGCUAACUUGAAACUCAGGGAUGUGAUUGUUAAGCUCAAAGCAGAUAUCUGGCUUUUUGGUGGGCUAAAGUCAGGCUCACGUCCAAUUUCAUCACAUUUUCGUCCAUUAUUUGUGUAAAGCUACAGGUUUAGCUACAGCAGAUUUUGGGAUUUGUUUUAUUGCCUUUAAACAGAUUUUACAGAAAUUGUGGAAAUUUAAAGGACAAAACGGAAUAUAAUUGGAGAAAAAGAGUGUCUUUUAGUGUACAUUUUGUGAAUAUUGUGUUAUAACCUAGGUCUAACCUGGUGGAAAUCUAAACAGAGUUCAGUAUUUUGGUUGGCAUUAGUGUGUUAACUAAGGCCAAAACGCUGCAGAAUUUCCCUUACUUUUCAAUUAAAUUGAGACAAUAUGCACUAUGAUUUAGGCUAUGAUAAUAUUCAUUAUCAUACAGAAUAUUGGUGUCAUUAUAUGGUGAAUCUCUUGAAAGUGGUCAAAAAAUGCUCAGGUCAUAUUUCACCCCAAAAUCGAAUGCAGUAAGAAAUGACAUUUUUCUUUAAGAAAAUUAAUCCUAUUUUAGGACCAUUAGAUUAAAUUUUAUUUAUUCAUUUUAUUUAUUUUUUUGCAUUGUUUUCAUAAAAAUUCAGUAUAUGCUAGGGUUAGAUAAAAUAAAUUCGAAAAAAAGAAUUCUCAUUACUGUAAUGUGAAAAAAAUAUUCUGUAAUGGUUUUUAUUACUACUAUUAAAUAAGUAUUUCAAUUAAAGUACAUUUGUAAAGUAGAAUUAUAUGUGUAAAUCAUCAUAGUAUUUGUUUUACUGAAUUUAAUUUAGCUGAUCUUAAAAAAAAAAAAUUGUGUCCUGAAAGUAUGAUUUUUAUUACUGUAUUACAGUAAUGAGGAUGAAAUUUGAAUCCACAUUACGGUAAUGAGUUUGAGCGAAAUGUGCUUAAAGAAAUGAAGCCUUGUGAUGAUAUGCAAAAAAUACAUUAUUAUUUUAUUCUAUUGACUAUUGACAUUUUGUUUAAAGAAAAUACUACCUAUUUUAGCACCACGAAGAUUUUUGCUUUCAUGAAACUUAGCAUAUGUAAGGGUUAUGCGAAAAAAUAUGGAAAAAAAAAAUUCUCAUUACUGGAACGCGAAACAAUAUUCUGUAAUUCUUUUUAUUUUUUGAUUUUCAAUUGUAAAGUACAUUUGUAUAGUACAAUUAAAAAAAAUUAUUCAGACAAGAUGAUUUUCAUUACUUUAUUACAGUAAUGAGCAUUAUUUAUUUUUUGCAUAGCAAUGAAAAUCAGAUUUAUUCACAUUACAUUAAUAAGAAUUUUGAUGGAAAUGUACUUAAUUUCACAAUGCAAUUUGUAUUUUUAACAGUUCUAAAAAUAAGCUUUUAAAAUAUUUAUAUUAAUAUUUGGGGUUAUCUAUAACCUGGACAUUUUUUCAUUUGAUUCAUUAUAUAGCCUAACACUAUUAAAUUACUUUGGUGGAUUAUAGCUCUUAUAAUUGUUACUUAUUGCAAGAAUAGGUCCAAUGCAAUUGUUUGCGAGAUAUAUAUUUAAGGUUUUAUGCUGUUUAUAAUAUUUUUUAGUCCCCGCCCCCUACCCUGUGCAAAUCCAAUCGCAAUCAAGAAUUUUCUUGGCCCAAUCACAUCCCUGCACCAGCUGAAAGGUAUUUGUGCAUCAAGUUGCUUUCCACAUUUACUUGUGCCUCAUCUCUCUCGCUAUAUUGAGAGUAAAUGCCAAACCAGAGUCCUGCCUGUUUAUGGGACUAUGGAAGUCUUAUGGAUAUAGACAUGGAUGGAUAUUGUGGAUAACAAUGUAAUGGAUAAAAUCACUACAUGUAAGGACGAACUGAUGUUCUGUAAAACAUAUAAGCUAGAAACAAUUUUCUCUAAGAUUUGUAAUCACGCAAAGAAAAUUGUUUCCUUUAUGUCUUCGUAAUGUGCUUUGCAUAAGAUCAAUGCAUUUUCUACUUAGUGCCGUCACAGUUGAUAAGCUAAAUCACUGGGGACAUGUGAACUGGUCGCAAAAAAACUGGCAUCUGAUCGCUUCCUGACGAAAUGAAGCUAUCUGGACAUCAUGUAACCGAUACGUCAUUGAAGACUUCUACUUCAUCCUUGGGACUAUGCUCUAGUGUCCAAUUUGAGAAGGUUCAAAUUAAUCUACCACAUGGAGGUGAAUUUCCUGUUUCCUGUCGAACUCUUGACAUUUUGCCUUUUAACAUCUGGUCUUAAAGAGAGAGUUCACCCAAAAAUGAAAAUUAUGUCAUCAUUUACACACCCUCAUGUUGUUCCAAACCUUGUGUCACUUUUUUUGGGGGGGGGAUUUUUUCCCCUUUUCCUCCCAAUUUGGAAUGCCCAAUUCCCAAUGUGCUUUUAAGUCCUCGUAGUCGCGUAGUGAUUCGCCUCAGUCCGGCUGGCGGAGGAUGAAUCCCAGUUGCCUCUGCGUCUGAGACUGUCAACCCGCGCAUCUUAUCACGUGGCUUGUUGAGCGUGUUGCCACUGAGACAUAGUGCAUGUGGAGGCUUCAUGCCAUCCACCGCGGCAACCACGCUCAACUCACCACACGCCUCACCGAGAACGAACCACAUUAUAGCGACCACGAGGAGUCACUAUUUUAAGUGCCCCAGUAACAUUGUUUUACUGUAUUUUUGGACCAUUUCAGAAAAAUUGUUUAAAACCAUCCAAAAGACUUCUAUAGUCCAUCCAUAGGAUUACUGUAAUUACGAGAUUCUGACUUGUAUAAACCAUUAACAUUUUGUCAGAUUUACUGUAAUUCUGAUAUUCUGACAUGUAAAAACCAGUCACGUGUUGUUGGAAUUAUCAUAAUUGUGAGAUUCCAACUUGUAAAAACCGCUCACGUAAUGUCGGAAAUUAACGUAAUUAUGAGAUUCCGACAUGUAAAAACUAUUAACAUAAUGUCGGAAUUACCAUAAUUACAAGAUUCAAACUUGUAAAAACUGUUCAUAUAAUGUCGGAAUUACUGUAUUUACGAGAUUCCAACUUGUAAAAACCGAUCACAUCAUGAUGCAAAUACCAUAAUUACGAGAUUCUGAUUUGUAAAAACCGAUCACAUAAUGUCGGAAUUAUCAUAAUUACGAGAUUCCGACUUGUAAAAACGUUCACGUCAUGUCGGAAUAAUGGUAAUUACAAGAUUCUGACUUGUAAAAAAACAUCCAUGUCUUCACAGAACUCGUAAUUACAAACUUAGAAUUCUAUGGAAUCUUUGAUGUGGUUGUCGUGACGUCAUGUAAAAAAAACCAAAAUGGCAGCGGCCUCAACUCAUGUUGUUCCAAACCUGAACAUAAAAGUUUCCAUGGAACAUAAAAGGUGCGUUUUUUUAUUUUUAUUUUAUUUUUAUUUUUUUUUAAGUAUAAUUAAUAAAAAAGAAAAUUUACCACUUCUGUCAUACAGGUUUGGAACAGGUGAGUAAAUGAUGACAGAAUAUUCAUUUUUGCAUGAACUAUUGCUUUAAGUUCAACUACUAUAUGCAUAUUAUGUUCUGUUUCUGCAGAUAACCGGGUGCUCUACACUCUACUUAGUAUCUGGAAUCAAUAAUACUUUAACGUUUGUAGCUGUUGUAAGAUUUCUGAAUGAUCAAGUAGGAACAUCAUCCUUUUCACACCAAGAGAACUCUAGUGUUUCAACUAGUACUAUCACUCCUGUUUUUAUAUAAUAUUUUUCCUUGUUCUCUUCUUUUUUGAAGAAAUCUGUCUGUUUUGGGAAUUAUGACAAGGGCUCAUCCUUGAUUCUCUGCUGUCACCCUCAUCUCAAUAAAAACUUUAAAUUAUUUCCUUUACAUGCAACAUCAUGUUAAUGCAUUAACAGGUUUUAUUUACCAGCCCAUCCAACUAUAGCUGCUCUCAUACCAUAUAGUUGGUAAAAUUUAGGCUAUAUAUUGGAAUAAUUGAAAAAUGCUAUUUUCCUAUGUAAGAAAAUAAAGUAAAAAAAACAACAAUCUUUUGAAUAAGCUGUGAUAUGUCACAUUUAAGGUCUGGAUAAAUCUAAUCAAAAAUAUUCAAUUCAUAUUCAAGUUGUGUGGCAUGCUAUUUUUACCCAUUUCUCAGUUUGUAAAAACAUGCAAAAAUCUAAUUUGCUGAAAUCUUACAAUGGAGAACUGGAAUAAAUGUUAUACUGUUUUGGUAUAGCCACAAUACUUCGGGUUCCUGAAGUAAAAAUCCCAUUCCUUUUUUUCCAUGAUUAAUUCUUAACAGUAACUUAUAAACCUUUCAAGAUGGACUUGCCAUGAUCUCAGAGGUUGUUAAUCAAUGGUAUAUGUUUCUAUUAUAAAAUGGAUAAUUCCGGUGCUGGAUGCUGAUUGGUCAACAGCCGUGCUUUAUUCAUGAUAAAGCAUCUCUCUAAAUAGUUUCUGAUUAAACUUACAAAAUAGAAUUUUUUUUUUUAAUGAAUAUUUAUGAACCCUUAAUAUUUGUUUGAUGCGAAGUGGAGCACGACCUCUCAUGACUUAUUGCUUAAUUAAAGCCAUCAGUCCACAUUAUUUCAACUUCAACUUUUAGAAAUUGUUUAAUAUCAGAAUUUCUGGUGAACUACACUGUCCAUGAUCCUGAAGAGAGUGAUACACCAAUCAGAGAAUUGCAGCUAAACAAAGCAUGUCAAACAAGCGCUGCAGCGACCGCCCACUUUCAUGAUGUAGGCCUACUGUAAGUGCUGCAAUCGAGUCGUUCCUCCAUCUCAAACUACUUAUAUAUUUGUAUAUAUCUAAAUAUAAAUAUGAAAUGAAAAUGUAUUGUUUCUAUAACUAUAAUCAACAACAAUUUGAUUACAUCAUUCACAAUGCUCCAUGGGAUUGUAGUUCAUGCUCUUAUUAAAAGGCAGUAAGUACACAGUCUCGUACCUUUUGUCUUUUUGUCCUUGAAUAAAAAUAAAAUCCAAUAAUUCCA